AUGCCAAAAUUUGAAAAUGCCAGAGCCAAAAGUAAUGGCACAAGGUUUAAACUCAAUGACAAGCUGGACUAUGAAUGCAGAGGUGGCUAUGAAAAUGCAGGUGGAAACACCACAGGCUCUUUAGUAUGUGGUAAUGAUGGAUGGUCUGAUACACCCACGUGCUAUGAGCAGGUAAAAUCAUGUGGCCCACCUCCUCAACUGAUCAAUGGGGAAGUUAAAGAGGCAAAGAAAGAAGAAUAUAAGCAUAAAGAAGUGGUGGAAUAUGAUUGCAAUCCCAAAUUCCUAUUGAAGGGGUCUAAGAAAAUCCAAUGUGUUGAUGGAGAAUGGACAACUUUGCCUAUAUGUGUUGAGGAAGAGAGUACAUGUGGCGAUAUCCCUACACUUGAACAUGGCUAUAGUUUGCCCUCUGAACCUCCCUAUCACCAUGGAACUGUAGUGGAGUUCAGUUGCGAAGAUUCAUUUACGAUGAAUGGAUACAAAUUUAUUAGAUGUGUUCUUGGAGUUUGGACCGAACUUCCUCAGUGCAUUGUGACAGAACAACUUAAGAAGUGUAUAUUACCAAGGUUACGUAAAAUUGAAUCAGUCUCACCACCAGAUCAGAUUGUAUUCAAUCAUACUGAUAUCUUCAUUUAUAAAUGUAAAGGAAAAUCUGAAACCAGACAAUCAACCUGCAAAAAUGGAAUGUGGGAUCCCACGCUAACUUGUGAAGGACAAAUGAAACAGUUAUGCCCACCUCCUCCUCUCAUUCCCAAUACUCGAAAUAUGACGGUGACAGUGAAUUAUAAGGAUGGAGAGAAAAUAUCUAUUCUCUGUCAAGAAAAUUACAUAAUUCAAGAAGCAGAUGAAAUCAUGUGCAGUGGUGGGAAAUGGCAGUCAGUACCACGCUGUGUUGAUUCUGAAGGAAAAUGUGGGGCUCCUCCGCCUAUUGACAAUGGAGACAUCACUUCGUUCCCACUACAUGAAUAUGCUCCAGGAUCAUUAGUUCAGUACCAAUGCCAGUCCUUCUAUACGCUUCAGGGUACCGACUAUGUAACAUGCAUGAAUGGACAGUGGUCAGCACCACCAAAAUGCUUAAAUGCAUGUGUAAUAUCAAAAGAAGAGAUGGAUAUACGUAACUUAGAAUUAAGAUGGAAAUAUGAUGAAAAAGUAUAUUCCAAAACAGGAGAUACUGUUGAAUUUAGAUGUAAAUGGCGAUAUUAUCCUGUGACAUCCCAAGACUCUUUUCGAGCAGUGUGUCAUGAAGGAAAGUUGGAAUAUCCCCAAACAUGCUCAAAAUCAGAUAUACACAUUGAUAAUGGCUUUAUUUCUGAAUCUGAGUUUACAUAUCCUGUAAGUAAAAGAACACAAUAUAAAUGUAAACCAGGAUAUGUAACAGCAGAUGAAUUUUGUGAAAUGCCAAAAUUUGAAAAUGCCAGAGCCAAAAGUAAUGGCACAUGGUUUAAGCUCAAUGACAAGCUGGACUAUGAAUGCAGAUAUGGCUAUGAAAAUGCAGGUGGAAACACCACAGGCUCUUUAGUAUGUGGUGAUGAUGGAUGGUCUGAUACACCCACGUGCUAUGGUGUGCUACAGUUCACAUCAGAUGCUGUGUUCACAUCACCGCUGCCUCUGGCUACCAGCCCACAGUUGGGGAGUCUGUAUGGCUCCCGAGUCUUCUACUCUUCCUCUGGGACUCACUGGGUUCCACUUUGCCCACAGAAAGAUCCUUGCACAAGAUAA